UACGUCGCAUACACACCCUUUCCGGGUCUAUAUAAGCUAUUAUCUGGGCAUAUUCCUGCCAUUUGCUGUGUUGGAAGGGACACGUUGCGCGUCUAUACCCCAACGGAUCCAGGAGAAGAAAAAACAAACUAUAAUUAAGAAGCUUUUACUUGCCUGAGCGCGUACAAGUUACUUUACAUUUUCACGUGUCCGCAUCUUUAAAGAACUGAGAAAACAUGCGCGAGUGCAUUUCCAUCCACGUUGGACAAGCUGGAGUCCAAAUUGGCAAUGCUUGCUGGGAACUUUACUGUCUGGAACAUGGAAUUCUGCCAGAUGGUCAGAUGCCAAGUGACAAAACAAUUGGUGGUGGAGAUGACUCCUUUAACACGUUCUUCAGUGAGACUGGAGCUGGUAAACAUGUGCCCAGGGCAGUGUUUGUGGAUCUGGAAUCUGCAGUUAUUGAUGAAGUUCGCAAUGGAUCAUAUCGACAGCUUUUUCACCCUGAGCAGCUCAUCACUGGGAAGGAAGAUGCAGCAAAUAACUAUGCCCGUGGUCACUACACUGUUGGGAAGGAAAUUAUUGACCUUGUACUUGAAAGAGUGAGAAAACUGGCAGAUCAGUGCACUGGUCUUCAGGGCUUCCUCAUCUUUCAUAGCUUUGGAGGCGGCACAGGAUCGGGUUUCACUUCAUUGCUUAUGGAGAGACUCUCGGUCGAUUAUGGAAAAAAGUCAAAGCUAGAGUUUGCCAUCUACCCUGCUCCGCAAGUGUCUACUGCUGUUGUGGAGCCUUACAACUCCAUCCUAACUACACACACAACACUUGAACACUCUGACUGUGCCUUUAUGGUAGAUAAUGAAGCAAUUUACGAUAUAUGUAGGCGUAAUCUAGACAUUGAGCGCCCAACAUACACCAAUCUUAACCGCCUUAUAGGGCAGAUAGUGUCAUCCAUCACAGCUUCUCUGCGCUUUGAUGGAGCCCUAAAUGUGGAUCUGACAGAGUUUCAGACAAAUUUAGUGCCAUAUCCCCGUAUACACUUCCCACUAGUCACAUAUUCUCCCAUAAUUUCUGCAGAAAAAGCAUACCAUGAGCAGCUCUCUGUGUCUGAGAUAACCAAUGCCUGCUUUGAACCAUCCAACCAAAUGGUUAAAUGUGAUCCUCGUCAUGGUAAAUACAUGGCAUGUUGCAUGUUGUACCGUGGAGAUGUGGUACCAAAGGAUGUGAAUGCUGCGAUUGCAGCCAUUAAAACAAAGCGUACUAUACAGUUUGUGGAUUGGUGCCCAACUGGGUUUAAGGUGGGAAUAAACUACCAGCCACCAACUGUGGUGCCUGGGGGAGACCUGGCAAAAGUACAACGUGCAGUAUGUAUGCUAAGUAACACUACAGCAAUUGCUGAAGCUUGGGCACGUCUUGAUCACAAGUUUGACUUGAUGUAUGCAAAACGUGCUUUUGUGCACUGGUAUGUUGGUGAAGGCAUGGAAGAAGGCGAGUUCUCUGAGGCACGAGAAGAUCUGGCAGCCUUAGAGAAAGAUUACGAAGAGGUUGGUGCAGAUUCUGUGGAAGGAGAAGAAGAAGAAGAAGAAUACUGAAGUAUGGCAGUUUUGUAGAAAGUGAAAUAGAUGGAAAUAAAAUUUUAUAUUAUGAUUGGGA